AUGAAUGAUACUACUGUUGCAACGGUCACCAUUGCUUCCUUUGUUUCUGGGAUCUUUUUGUCUCAAUGGUUACUGAGCUUUACUUCACCCGAAAGAAAAAGAAGAACAACAUCAACAUCAACAUCAAUCAAGAGGCUCCAUAAAAACAAUAUUGUAUCUUCCAUCAAAAAAGCUGAGCAAAUCGGAGACAUCGUGGAAACUGAGGACGAAGAUGAAACAGAAGAGGAGGACGAGGAGGACGAGGAAGUUGAUAUAAACUCUACGGCAUUGAAUGAUAUCCCUGGGGAGGUUCGGAUGUCCUUGAUAGUACGACAAGACUUGAAAAUGGGAAAGGGAAAAGCGGCAGCUCAAUGUUCUCAUGCUACACUUGCAUUGUACAAAAAAAUAACGAACCCAAAUUCCGAAGCAUACAACCCUGAAAUGGUGAAAAGGUGGGAAUAUGGAAAUGGCCAGGCAAAGAUCACUUUACAAGUUCCUGACCAGGAGCAGAUGGACAUGUUGUUUGCAAAGGCGAUGAGUCUUGGUAUAAAUGCCACAAUCAUCCAUGAUGCAGGAAGGACGCAAAUUGCUGCGGGAAGUGCGACUGUGUUGGGUCUCGGACCAGCUCCCAAAAGAAUACUAGAUGAAGUUACUGGAGAAUUGAAAUUAUAUUAA